UAUAAAUUUGAGAUCUAUUCUAUCCUCUUCAAUCACACUCAAAUUUGCCUUCAACAUGAAUCCAACUUCACGAAUUAUUCUCGUCACCUGCCUCUUCGCUGUGGUCACAGCCGCUCCACAGCCCAACCAGGAAAGACCAGAGGAUCCUGAACCCGGACUUAGUGUGACGACAUGUGGCGGAAAUAUGGACGUAUCAUCUGCCUCGAUUGAGUUUCAACUUGGCGGGUCCAUCCGUGCCGAUAUGAGGUGCGUUUGGAUUGUGCAGGCGCCUUACAACGUGCAGAGGUUCACCCUGGUUUCUUCCGGUCUUAAAGAAACCGACGGUCUUUACAUCACCCAGUAUUAUGGACUGGCCUUAGUAACUCAAGAAAAUUAUCUACACCUGGUCAAAACGUGACACUAAACACAAGAAGCGUGAUGAUCACCUUGAUCGUUGGACACGAGCCCUCGCUUGGAUUUAAAAUGGAAUAUUAUGCGAGCGGUUCUCCUGUGAGCCCAGAUAUUACCAGUCACGCGAUCUUUUCUACGGCGAAGGGAAACUUGACCUAUCCCAGCAACGGUGGAAAUUACAGGAAUGAUGAGAUCGCCUUGUUUCCCAUUGCCCCAAGUGUCCCGGGGCAACCGACCGUGCGCAUCACGAGGGUGGAUGUUGAAUCUGGUUCAAGUUGCCAAUUUGACUCCGUUAGGAUUUACAAUUGGUUUGAGGACGAUUAUCUCCAAGUAGCGAUAUUUUGUGCGUAUACAAUUCCAACAAGUGUAACACUCCAGGAUGGCGCGGGCGUCGUCUUCUUUUCAUCAGAUUUUAGCGUCACCAGAACUGGGUUCGACUUUGAGUAUGAAUAACGUAUUAAAUAAAAAUGAUGAACAUAUUGUUGAUUGAACAGAUUUGCAUAUAAGAAUUAUAUUUAGUGCCGGUUAAUAAAUUGUAGAUUUGUAUUAAUUA